AUGAAGAAGGCAGACACAAAGGUCGCGUCGUCCGCCUUUUCGAACAACAACAGCUCUGCUGACAACAUAUCAACCACCUCAGCAGCAACUUCCUCUACACCAUCACAACUGUUUGUACAUGAUCUUUCACUUUAUAAAGAGCUCAUUGAAAGCAUUUCUGUUCCUGAGGAUUAUUACGAUGACGAAGAGCAAUGCGAGUGUUUGCAGCAACAACGCGAUUCUUCGUCGUCAGUUCAAUCGGAACAAAAAUCAACUUGUAAAAACACGGGUCCUCUCAACAAGAUUAUCACUAGAGAAGAAAAACAAAAAUUGGAAUUAAAAAGAGAAGCAAAGAAACAAGAAACUGAAGCCUAUUUUCAAAAAAUCAAAGAAACCACAACGAAAUUGCGAAACAAAAAGCAUGAAGAAUCUGAAAAACGAUUUCAGGAGCUUUGGAACGACAUUCUUGAAGAACGAGAAACGUUUUUAAAAGACCUCAAUGAAAAACUUGAAGCUUAUCAUGAAGGAGAUGAGAGAAAGCGACAGCAAAUAUACGAAGAGUGGUGCGAGAAGGUUUUUGAUCCCAUCCAAAAUCAAAUUGAUGAUCAUUUGUCAAAGCUGCCUUUUGAAGAAAUUAAGCGAAAGAAGAGAUUAAAAUUUGAGGAAUAUCUCAAUAAGCUCAAUCACAAACAUAAAAACAAUGGUGGAGUGUUUCGUGACAUUGUGCUUGAGGAUGAAUAUGAUCCAUUUGAGUUGUCAAAGGACACGUUUAAAUACAAGACAACUUUAAAGAAAAAGAUUGGAGAAAUGCCUCCUAAACCAUCCAUGGGACUUAGGAAACAAGACAUGUUGGAUGUGGUACAAUAUGACAAGUUGGAUGCCACUCCUUUCGGUCACUACUCCAAGAUGAUUCAUCCAAAUUCAAAUUCUUCGAAACUUGCCUCAAAGAAAAUGAAAUCCGAUGUGGAAUUUGAUGAUUUCACAAAAGAAGAGAAGAGCCCUUGGGAAAAUGUUCGAGGGAAGAAAAUUCUUCAAAAGAUCGAACAAAAAACCACACAACAGCUGGCAAAUGGUUUUCAAGAGGAAUCUGGAAGAAAGCAAGCCAAAAGAACUACAAUACCCGGUGCCAAAAAGUAA